CGGCAUUAUGUCGCGAGCUUGACCGACCGUGCUCCCCUGGCUCGCAGGCUUGUCCCACCACGCUAGGCGGGCUCCAACGCAGGCAAACUGGCGGCGGUCGCUGCGCGUCAAUCUGACCAGGCAGUCCACACCUCCUCCCAAAUGGAGGGCUCGCAAUGGCUCCUCAUGUGGGAUUCGACACCGACCAGGUCAGAGACAAGGCCCGAAAGGACCUCCUCUACCUGCUAGAAGGCGUACGUGGGAAGAAAAACCUGGUGAUCGAGCGCAGCCUCGCGGGACCGAUUGGGCUCGUCGUCAAGGUCUCGACGCUCCAGGACUACGGCGUCGACAAGUUCUUCUUCCUGGAGCACAAGAACGUAGGGACCAACCAGCGCAACGUCGUCUUCGUCGCUAGGGGAGAGUGCGCGCGCAAUGCACAGGAAAUAGCAGAUGAGAUCCGCCGGCUGCAGCGUGAGAGCCAGACCGGCCAUGACUUCCACAUCUUCUGGGUGCCUCGCCGCACCUCAAUGUCGGAUACGCUCCUAGAGGAGGCCGGCGUGUUGGGCGAUGUGAACAUCUCCGAGCUCCCGCUAUGCUUCUUCCCGCUCGACAAGGAUGUGCUCUCGCUGGAGCUCGAUGAUUCGUUUAGGGACCUGUACCUGGCAAACGACCCAACCCCGACCUUUUUGCUUGCACGUGCUCUCAUGGGCAUCCAGCAGAAGCACGGCUUAUUCCCGCGCAUCAUUGGCAAGGGCGACAACGCUAGACGUGUAGCGGCUAUGCUGGCGCGCAUGCGCCAGGAGCUCCUGGCUGGCGAGGAUGCGGGCGACAAGAUUGGGCUGAACCCGAGCACGACCACCGAGAGCGUCAUCAUAAUCGACCGCGAGGUCGACCCGGUCACGCCGCUUCUCACGCAGCUCACAUACGAGGGCCUUAUAGACGAGGUUUUCGAGAUCCACCACAACCAAGCCGACGUCGAUUCGACCGUUGUCGGUGUUGGCCCCCAGGCCGCGCAGGGUGCUGCCGCUUCAACCCAGUCCGCGGUCGGCGGUGCGGCACCCUCACGCAAGCGCAAAAUCCAGCUCGAUUCGUCGGACAAGCUGUUUGAGCAGCUCCGCGACGCAAACUUUUCCACCGUGGGACCGCUCCUCAACAAGGUUGCCCGGCGCCUCAGAAGCGACUAUGACAGCAGGCAUGCGAGCAACACAACUGCCGAGCUCAGGGCAUUUGUGCAGAUGCUACCAGCUUACCAAGCUGAGCAGGCCAGCCUCAAGAUACAUACUGGUCUAGCCGAGGAGAUCAUUAGCCACACGCGCACGGACCUGUUCCUCAAGCUGCUGGAGGUGGAACAGAACCUGACGUUCGGCUUCGAGCCGGGAAUGGAGGCCAUCGAGGAGCUCAUAGCUUGUGAUACCCCGCUGCCCAAGGUCCUCCGGCUGCUCUGUGUCUACUCGUGCCUCUCAGGGGGCAUACUGUUCAAAGAUUAUGAGCAUCUCAAGCGGCUGGUGCUCGAGGGCUACGGGUACCAGCACUUGCUGACGUUGCACAACCUCGAGAAGCUUCAACUAUUCCUUUCCAGGACCUCGCCUCUAGCUCACAUGAUUUCAAUGACUGGCGGCGGCGGCGCGGCAACCUCGGCGGGCGGAGCGGCGGCCGGCACCAAGACCAACUAUGCGUAUCUGCGCAAGCAACUGAAGCUCAACGUCGAGGAGGUGAACGAGAACGACCCACACGACGUCGCGUACACGUAUUGCGGAUACGCUCCGCUGUCAAUCCGACUGGUACAGUGUGUGCUUCAGAAGCAGUACCUCUUGUCCGUCACUAGGGGCAAUGGCGUGACAGGGGCGGGCGCAGGCGUCGGUGGUGCGGGCGGCUGGAAGGGAUUCGACGAUGCUGUGAAGCACGCCCGUGGCCCUGCGUUUGACGAGGUGCAGAAGGGCGAGGACAAGGCGGUUAAGGCGCGCGCGCUCCUGUCCGGCAGCGGAGAGCGCAAGACGGUCUUUGUCGUCUUCGUCGGCGGCAUUACCUUCACCGAGAUCGCGGCUUUGAGGUUUAUCGCUAAGAAGGAGGAGGCACGGAUCAAUAUUGUCAUCUGCACGACCUCGAUAAUAAGCGGGAACAAGGUGAUGGCGGCAGCGAUUGAGAAGGGGUCAUUCGAGAAGCAAGAGGGAGUACAAGCACAGGUGGCAGCCGAGACCGCCUGAGAGAGGUGUCGCUCAGGCACGCAGGAGCCAGGGCUACAUAUUUGUCUUUGAUCUGUCCUUCAAUUAAACAGCCUCUAAUUUGUCGGGCUUCUCAUCCUCGUUCGAAUGCCGCGCCAAACAUGAUCGAAGGACUUGUACCUCGAGAUAGCCCCCGCCCAUAAGUUUCUGACUUUUUUUUCUCGGCGUUUUUGUAACGCAAUAGACAGAUCCAGGGAUUUUCAUACCGAUAUACGUGAUUCUGGAAAGAGAGAGAAAAUGAUGACCUAUAUCUAUAGAAAUACGACAGCGAUUUGUG